AGAUGGAGUAUAUUACAUGCGCUCACGCUCGUCAAGUCUAUCAGAUAAUGGGACGUAAAGAUGGGGUACGACACCAGUUGCUCUCUUUAAAGUAGCCUCUCCUGCUGGAGAAUGACCCCCCCUCAGCGCCUGUCGGAAUGCCGUUUCUCUCCGCGUGCACAAGGGCCACGCGCCAGAUGGCCACAUCAGAGCCGACUGUGAUACUAUUGCACUAAAGCUGGACCCUAACUUUGCGGAUCUGAUGGAUUUAAAGAGGGUGCUGUCCUUUCCUCCAUAUCCAGGGGAUUAUUUGCACCCAGUGGUGUACGCCUGCACUGCAGUGAUGCUGCUCUGCCUGCUGAUUUCUAUCAUGACAUACAUUGUACACCACAGCAUAAUCCGAAUCAGCAGGAAAGGAUGGCACAUGCUCCUCAACUUCCUCUUCCACACUGCCAUGACGUUUGGGGUGUUUGCAGGAGGCAUCAACCAGAUCAAGUACCCUGUGAUCUGUCAAGUGGUUGGCAUUAUUUUGCACUACUCCUCCCUUUCUAGCAUGCUAUGGCUGCUCUUCACUGCCAGGAAUAUUUGUAUGGAGGUGUCCAAGGCUCCGCCCAUACCUCAGGACCGGGACCUUCCCACCCAACCACGCCCUAAAGCCACCAUUUUCAGGUUUUAUCUGGUCAGUGAUGGGAUACCUCUAAUUAUAGUGGGUGUUACGGCUGCUGUUAGCUUGGAUAACUACGGUAGCAGAGAUGACGCCACUUACUGUUGGAUGGCCUGGGAGCCCAGUCUUGGGGGCUUUUAUGGACCCACUGCCUUUUUGGUCUUGGUAAUGUGCAUCUACUUUCUGUGGAUAUUCGUGCAGCUAAAGCGGCACCCGGAGCGCAAGUAUGAGCUCAAGGCCAUGACCGAAGAACAACAGCGUCUAGCUGUAGCUGAAAUUGGGCACUGUCACGCCGUCAGCGGAGAGCCAGGUGAGCAUUGUGAUCACACAGGCUGCACAGCCAUCACAGCCUCUAUGUUGGCCAACGAACACUCUUUCAAAGCUCAGCUGAGGGCCACUGCCUUUACGCUGUUCCUCUUGCUGGCCACCUGGGUUUUCGGAGCACUGGCCGUAUCACAGCGACAUUUUCUAGACAUGAUCUUUAGCUGCCUAUAUGGAGCGUUUUCAGUCACAUUGGGGCUUUUUCUGCUGAUUCAGCACUGUGCAAAACGUGAUGAUGUGUGGCACCGGUGGUGGGCCUGUUGCCCCAACAAACCAAAGGUGGAGGUCAACGGAGAAGCGGCGGGGAACGCCGCCCCCCCUGCUCAAAGUCUCAGCCAUAUGCCAUCCCAUGGGCAGAACCAAAUCCACUGCCAGAUCGACUCAUCCUGCCUGGGUAAACCUUUGCUUUCCCCGCACCUACACUCCCCUUUGCCGCACUGCAAGUUGGAUACUCUGCCCUCCACCCAGAACCACAUGAGCACCUGCUGUGCCACCCUUCACAGUCCCUCCUCUUUGACGACCCACCCGCAGUCCCUCCCUGAUGAACUGCCCAGACCAACCCUUCCCCUGCAAAGCUGCCUGAAGGACAGGUCUAAGACUCGCUCCUUCAACCGACCUCGGCCCUGCCUCAGGGACUAUUCUUACCACAUGACCUCCACCAGCAUGGACGGCAGCGUGCACAGCUCCCACCUGGACAGCCCCCACAGUGUGCACCUGGACAACCCUCUCACCUGCCACACGUCCCACUUGGAUACUCAACUCUCUUGUCACAGCCCCCACCCGGACAACCAGCUGCGCUGCCCCAGUCCCAGUCCUCACCUCGAGAGUUUGGCCUCACACGGCCUUCACGAUAGCUUCUCCUGCCACAGUGCACACUUGGACAGUCAGCUCUCCUGUCAUAGACACAUGUGCUGUGCCAAAGCAGACCCAUUCUCGAGCAUAUGCUGCCAUAAAGCUGACCCGUUUGUCAGCCCUUGCCAGGCAGAGGAUCCUGACACGGGUCCACUGGUGUACAGUUGCGCAAAAAUGGCCGAUAAAGAGGACGAAACCAUGCUGCAUUUGGAUAUAACCCCUCUGAAGGCCACUCUGUCAUGCUCCCAGGCCACGCUUAGCAGGAAAGGCACCCUCAGCCGGAGAGGGACGCUGAGCCGGAACAGUAGUCAGCAUGAGGACUACGUACUUAUCUUUGAUUCCACAGGUAACAUUAGGACUGGACCUUGGAAAAACGAGACAACCGUGUAGGCCUGUGAAUGACGUGCUAACCUGUUUCUCUCGCCUGAGCUAAACUACUGUGUAGUCCCAGGGCUGUUACCCAAAGGCCCUCUCUUCUUUGAGCUAAGCUACUGUGUAGUCCCCCUGCUGUGACUUCCCCUCUCUCACCCACCCCAUAUACCUUCUCUUCCCCUUUAAAGAGGUUUGAACCUCUGCUUACCUCUUCUCAGUCUUCAUCUCACGUCUCAUCCCAGCUCCAUUCGGUUUGUCCUCUUGCCAUUUUGAUAUGGCUGCAAAGAUCACAUGCCAUACAUUUUAAUUUGGAUGAUCUUUUAUAAUCAAACUGAUUUUUGUACAUGUGUUUUUGGGUAUGGUAACAUAUGUUCAAUUAUGUCGUUGUGUGUGUGU